GGGGGCGCGUGAGUCAUGCGGAAGCCGCGCGGGGCGGAGCCGGGUGGGGCCGGACCCGAGAGGCAGCGGACCCGAGAGGCAGCAGACCCGGCCCGCCGCCCAGUGCGCGCUUCACUGCUCCUCGCUCGCAGGCCCGUGCUUCGCUCCUCUCCGAACAUGGCAAAAGUAUCCAGCCCUACAGAGACUGAACGGUGCAUCGAGUCUCUGAUUGCUGUUUUCCAAAGGCAUGCUGGAAGGGACGGUAACAACUGCAAACUCUCCAAGCCCGAGUUCCUUAUCUUCAUGAAUACAGAGCUGGGUGCCUUCACAAUGAACCAGAAGGACCCUGGUGUCCUUGACCGCAUGAUGAAGAAGCUGGACCUCGACUCUGAUGGACAGCUAGAUUUCCAAGAAUUUCUUAAUCUUAUUGGCGGCCUGGCCCUAGCUUGCCAUGACUCCUUUAUUAAGUCUACCUCUUCCCAGAAGUAAAUCGGAGGAGCAUUUGGGCCUGGCCUCCAGCCCCACUCCCUUUCCUUCAGCCUCCCAAUUAUCAUCUACCCCUCACAGCCCACACAUACCCUGAGCCCAGUGCACCCACCACCCCAUGUAAGCCACUCCUGGUGGUAGUAAUAAAACAAUAUUGUUUUUUAAAGCA